CAAGACAUCGGUGAUUGGGCGGUCGACAGCGUCGAGUACAUGCAGUACAUGUUCUACGAAGCUUCGUCUUUUGACCAGGACAUCGGUAAUUGGGCGGUCCACAGCGUCACGAACAUGAGAUACAUGUUCCGCGGCGCCAAGAAAUUCAACCAGCCGCUAAACGACUGGCGGGUCGACAAGGUCACGCGUAUGGACCGGAUGUUCUCCGGCGCCAAGGCCUUCGACCAGGACCUCGGCUGGUGCGUGGACGACGACGUGGACCUGGACGACGACGUGGUGGAGCUGCCCGGCGCGUUCGACGAGACCAAGUGCGCGUCGACGUUGUGCGGCGUCGUGCAAGUUGCGGACGCCGCCGACUGCCCGACGCCCGCGCGGAAGUACCACCACCCCCGCCGCGACGACUGGCUCCUCUGGCUCCUCCGGGCGUUUUGA